AUCCUCUCCAUCAAUUCAUCACAUCGCUCCCAGUAACGGCUGCCCAGCAUGCUCGCAAGCCGCCUGAUACCCCGAAGUGCCAUCCGCACGCUGCCGAGCAGGCAAUUGGCGUCUCCCGUCGCCGCGCCAGUUCUGUCACGAUGGGGCCGAGGAUUCGCCUCUGCUUCUGAGGAGAAGGAUCUGAUUAUUAUCGGUGGUGGUGUUGCCGGAUAUAUUGCAGCUAUCAAGGCUGGACAGGAGGGCUUGAAGGUUGCUUGCAUUGAGAAGCGAGGCACCCUUGGUGGCACCUGUCUGAAUGUCGGCUGCAUUCCUUCAAAAUCUCUGCUCAACAACUCACAUCUGUACCACCAAAUCCUCCACGACACAAAAAACCGAGGUAUUGAGGUCGGCGAGGUCAAGCUGAACCUGCAAAACUUCAUGAAAGCCAAGGAAACCUCCGUCAACAGCCUGACCAAGGGCGUGGAGUUCCUCCUGAAGAAGAACGGCGCCGAGUAUAUUAAGGGUACUGGUUCUUUCAUCAACGAGAACGAAAUCAAGGUCGACCUCAACGAUGGCGGUGAAGCCGUCCUCCGCGGCAAGAACAUCCUCAUCGCCACCGGUUCUGAGGCUACUCCCUUCCCUGGCCUCACCGUCGACGAGAAGCGCGUCGUCACCAGCACUGGCGCUAUUGCUCUGGAGAAGGUCCCCGAGACUAUGACUGUCAUUGGAGGUGGUAUCAUUGGUCUCGAGAUGGCUUCAGUUUGGUCACGAUUGGGAUCCAAGGUUACCGUCGUUGAGUUCCUCGGCCAGAUCGGUGGACCCGGCAUGGAUACCGAGAUCUCCAAGGCUACCCAGAAGAUCCUCAAGAAGCAGGGUAUUGAAUUCAAGCUCAACACUAAGGUUGUAAGCGGCGAUACCUCCGGCGAGCUUGUCAAGCUGGAGAUUGACGCUGCCAAGGGCGGCAAGCCUGAGAGCAUGGACUCUGAGGUGGUUCUGGUCGCCAUUGGCCGAAGACCCUACACCCAGGGCCUGGGCCUCGAGAACAUCGGCCUUGAGCUGGACGAGCGAGGUCGCGUCAUCAUCGACUCUGAAUACCGAACCAAGAUCCCCCACAUCCGCUGCAUCGGUGAUGUUACAUUUGGACCCAUGCUGGCCCACAAGGCCGAGGAGGAGGGCGUUGCCGUCGUCGAGUACAUCUCCAAGGGCCACGGCCAUGUCAACUACGGAUGCAUCCCGUCCGUCAUGUACACCCACCCCGAAGUCGCCUGGGUUGGCCAGUCAGAGCAGGAUCUCAAGAGCCAGAACAUCCCCUACAAGAUUGGCACUUUCCCCUUCAGCGCCAACUCCCGAGCCAAGACCAACCUCGACUCUGAGGGUCUCGUCAAGAUCCUCGCCGAUCCCGAGACUGAUCGCCUGCUCGGCGCCCACAUCGUCGGACCUGGCGCCGGUGAGAUGAUUGCCGAGGCCACCCUGGCUCUCGAGUACGGUGCCUCCAGCGAGGACAUUGCCCGAACCUGCCACGCCCACCCCACUCUGGCUGAGGCUUUCAAGGAGGCCGCCAUGGCCACUUACGCCAAGGCCCUGCACUUCUAAGCUGCGUCGUUCUGGUCCAAGUCUAGUGUGGCAUGGGGUUGACGAAUGAAAUGGCAUUGUUGGGGGGAAAGCUGUCUUUUCGACCAACAGGCCAUCUGUAGCGACAAAACGAGAAAAGGAAAGAAACUAGAUAGAAAUUGGGGAUGCAGCAGCGAAGCAUGGCUGCAUAUCCCAGGGUUGCUAAGGAGGCGAAGCGUCAAACUUAAGCUGGAUCUAUUUGUAGAGUCACCGAGUUUGUUCAUGAGUUGUACAAUAUUAUAAAAUAAUAAAGCUAAAAAGAAGCCGUAUUUACGAACCAGAUCACUAGACUCUUCUGAUAUGGCAAAGCAAAGUAGCACCACA